CUAGUUUGUAGGUAUUUGUAGAUAAUUCCAGGAUGUUGAUUUUUGACUCGUGUUAAUUCUCUUCCCCUUACCACAUGUUUGUAAACAGUCAUUCUGACAGAUGAGGAGGUCCAGAGGAAGAGAGAGAUGAUAACGAAGCGGAAGGAGGAAGAGGCUCUUAAAGAGAGCAUGAAGCCCAAAUUAUCAGAGGAGCAGCAGAAAGUCAUUGACAUUCUUCUCGAGGCCCAUCGCAAAACUUAUGACCCAACCUACUCUGACUUCACCCAGUUCCGACCUCCGGUGAGAGCCAACUCAAGCAAAAGAAUAACUAGAUCGUCGUCGGUGCUAACGCAUGGCUCCUCAUCAGAAGACUCCUCAGAUACCUUCAGCUGUUCUCCAGAGUCUACAGAGCAUAGAAUGUUCUCCAACAUGGCACUGAAUGAGGACUCUGACGAAAGCCCUCCCAUGGACAUUAACCUCUCGCACCUCUCCAUGCUACCUCACCUGGCUGACCUUGUCAGCUACAGCAUUCAGAAAGUGAUUGGCUUUGCAAAAAUGAUCCCAGGGUUCAGGGAUCUGACGGCAGAGGACCAGAUUGCCUUAUUGAAGUCCAGCGCCAUUGAAAUCAUUAUGCUUCGUUCAAACCAGUCGUUUUCCUUGGAGGAUAUGGCAUGGUCAUGUGGAGGCAAUGAAUUCAAGUACCAAAUCAAUGACGUUACCCAAGCUGGUCACAGCCUGGAACUGCUAGAACCACUUGUGAAAUUUCAGAUUGGCUUAAAGAAGUUGAACCUUCAUGAAGAGGAGCAUGUGCUCCUGAUGGGCAUCUGCAUCCUUUCCCCUGACCGCCCUGGUGUGCAGGACACUUCUCUGGUGGAGUCCCUCCAAGACCGCCUUUCCGAAGUCCUGCAGACCUACAUUCUGUGCAAACACCCUCCCCCGGGCAACCGCUUGCUCUAUGCCAAGAUGAUCCAGAAGCUGGCAGACCUGCGGAGCCUGAAUGAGGAGCAUUCCAAACAGUACCGCUGCCUUUCCUUCAAGCCAGAGCACAGCAUGCAGCUCACCCCACUGGUCCUUGAGGUUUUUGGCAAUGAAAUCUCCUGACUUCGGAGGCAGGACAGCACAGCCAGAAAUAAAGGGAUAAGUCAGCCUGGUGAGCGGAGGGGUGUGACCCUUCACCAGGGUUUGUAUAAAGACACAGUUUAGUUUCACACUACUGGAGAGGACUGUGUUUUCUGCACAUCUUCAGUCACUUGGGUUGGCUUGCUGCAGAGCGGCAUUUUUCCCAGCGAGUGGCUUUUCCACUUGCCUUUCUUCUGUAACCAACUCACAUAUCCCUUCAUGGCUGUUUCAAGGCUGCCUUCAGAUUGGGGCCUUCUUGAAACCACCACUUUUUUUGGUUUGUUUUACAAAGUAAAAACUGAAAUGUCAGGCCACUAGUCGGGAGGAAAUGACUGAGAUUUCAUGUGUGAGUAUAGAAUUCAGGGCUUCAAUGAACCCCUAAUGCUGUGUGUGGAGAGAGAACAGUUCUCUAGUUACUCCUCCUAUCCCUUCCUAAAGCCUGCUGCCCAAGUGCUGUUGGUACACAAUUGCUGGCUCGUUCCACCCCAGAGCCAGCGGAAUGAUCCCAGCAUAUGCCCCCACCCCCUCCACAACUGGCUGCAAAGUAAAGAAAUAUCUUAGUCUCAAAAUAAAUAGGAAAAUGUACUUAGAGGAGAACAAUUCCUGUAUCUCUGAGAGAAAUCUCCAUUUGCCCUCUGUGUAGAAGCUGAAGAUCUCAGAAGCAAUGGCACAUUGUGGUCUGUGUCCCCCUGUUAAUGUGACAGGAAUGAAUGGGAUAUUUGUAAGGUUACUAGUCUCUUGAGUUGCUCUGAGAGGUAGCCAGACUGGAAGUGGUCUCUGUCAGUUUCCCCCUUGAUCUGUGAUAGAGUGAAGACUGUCUCUUGGGCUCCCAGGAUGGAUAGCUAAAAGCAUGAAAAUCCAUGCUAAUCAACACGCUGUACCAUUUUUGUUUCAAUGUUGAUGUUGCCAGCUGUCGAGGUGAGACAUCAGAUAAUCACUUAGGAACAAAAGAUCCCUUUCAGCUGUGGGGUGGCCAGUGGGGUGGUUUCUGGGCCUUGGUGUCUGCUGGACAGUUAUCAAAUAGCUUCUUAACAGAUUACUUGCCAAGCCUGUUAAAUGUGCAAUAUCUUGGGAUAACUCAGUAAGAAUUAAGCGGGGAAGGAUUAAUCUCACUUCUUCCUGCCCUGAAAUGUCCUGUUUGCAGCAAGAUUUCAGUCUUUACAAGAGGAGUCCUGGUUUCUUAGAACUAAGAAAUAAGGAAGGGGCAAAGCAGCCAAUAAGCUGUGCAUAGCAUUGCAUCACAGUCAAUUAAGGUCUGAGAUGAACCCAGUCUUUCAUCCUGAGUUCUCCAGCGUUUUCCUGUGCUAUGCAGGAGUCCUGCUCUCAAUGCACUACAGGACACCGACUCUGUUAUGUCAGGGGUCCCUGUACAAACAUAGGCAAUGAUAGGGGCUAGCGAUAGCAUCCAUUUUGGAGAAAAGCAGGUAUCCACUCCGGGGCCUCCAAUAGCGGCAGAUCAAGUGUUAUUAAGAGGGCAAGAAAGAUUGCAGAAAAAUCUGCCAGCCAAGGAAAACCAAACGACGCAAGAGCAAAGAAAAUCCCUCUAGUUCGGUCCCUCGUGUGUCAGUUGUUGGGUGUGCAGAGACUGUUUGGGGUCAGGUUCUGCUUUGUGUACUAGGAAAAUUACUUUCCAUCUGCUAAUGUGCAUCUUUAGCAGCUGCUGCCGCCGCCGCCUUUGUAAAUGAGUUGCUCAUUUUCCUAAUGCUAAAGAAUCAGAAUUGGGCUGUGAAGCUCUGUGUUCGUGCUCCUGUGUUGGGUGGCUACAGCAUGGCAAUGAUGUUGCUUUCUCUGUCUUUUGCACUAAUGUGGGAAGGUUUGUGUUGCACUUUGAUUAACCCUAUACAGCUCUCAGGAAGUUGCCAGUGGCCUUUCGUGUUAAAACAGUUUAUCCCAUAUGCCAAAACCUCCAAGCACUUAUUGUAGGAGAGUGCAUUCCCCCAGAUUGUGAGAUUUGGAAUAAGAAGAAAUGUUUCCUUUUUUAAAAAAGAAGAGUUAUUUCAUAAUUCUGGAAGAAACUCAGCCUGCAGAUUCCACAAAUAUAUUCUUCUGGGUUCUGUGAAAUCAGGGUAUUUCUAUUGUUUAAAUUAUGCCUUUCCUCUGAUUCCUGUGUAUUGACUUAUGCCUGAAAUGCCAACGGUCUCCGCUGUGCUCACUGCCACGGCUCUGCAAGAGGGAGCCCUAAAUAAUGAUGUUUAAUAAAAUGUCUUGAUUAAAUAUAAAUAGGCAAACCUCUUUACUGAGUAAACGUUCCAGAAAGCUGAAGUUGAGAUUGGCAUAGAGCCCCAGCAUGUCAUCUACUUUUUAGGCAUCUCGGUACUUGAAUGUCAUUUUAAAAGUGCAUAGUUCAAGUGCAUGUCUGUACAGCACAGGGUAUGUUGGGACACAGCAUUAUGAAAUACAGAUGUUUAAGCCUCUGAAUAGAAUCUUCAAAGGGAAACCAAAGUAAUUCCUCCCAUCGGGGUGGAAAAAGGCUGUAGGAAUGAUAAGUAAAUCCCUGGAGAUAUUGUGGUAAAUAAAUCCUUAUAGACUAACAGACGUAUUGGAGCAUGAGCUUUCGUGGGUGAAUACCCACUUCUUCAUCAUGCUCCAAUACGUCCGUUAGUCUAUAAGGUGCCACAGGACUCUUUGCUGCUUUUACAGAUCCAGACUAACACGGCUCCCCCUUUGAUACAAGAAAUCCUGAGACUGCUUCGCUUUUAUCUUUGAUUGCAAUCUCUCUUGUGUCCGCUGGGUGUCGCUAGCACAGCAAGAAUGAAAGCAGCUCCUUUGCAAGUGUUAAGUGCCUCGAGCUUAUGUACAGCACAGUUAACCUUUUCCCUGUCUGUGUUCCUGAGUCUUGCCAGUCUGAAAUAUCCCUCACUCAGAUCCAAGGAAUUGAUCUCCUCCUUGGUUUCUGCACUUGUUUGAGAAGCCGUGGGAUGGCAGUUCCCCCUCCUCAGAGAAAAUCACUGUGUUCUUUAAUACCGUUGUCACCUUUGCUUGAAAUCGGUGCCUUAAAUAUAGAUGUCUUGUUGCUGUAUCGAAUAUAUCUGUAUGCUUGUGUGGUGGGUCUUUUAACCUCAGUUGAUUCUCCCUUUGUUUGAUUCCACGGUAUGUGUGUAACCCCUCUGUGUUUGUGUCCUGCAGGCUGCCCAGUUCUGCUCCUCAGUCCUGUCCCCCCCUCCAACACUGGCUGUCUCAUUGGGCCUGCUCACUCUGUGUGUCUGGAGAAAAUCCAGCCCUCGUGAGGACUUGCUCUUUGCUACCUCAACUCUUCUCCUUCAGUGCGUCUUGCCUCAGCCCUGCUAGUUUUCUUCUAAGGCAAAAUUAGCACUGUUCACCCAGCACUCCUUGGGCCUGUUGUCCCGUUUCUUCCCCCACUUUCAAGCUUCUCCUUUUAUCCUGUCUCUGACUCAGAGCUGGUUGGGAAAUGGGGGGGGGGGUACUGAAGUUUUUCAUUGUUUUAAAAAUAGUUUAAAUUUCCCCAUGGAAAAUUUUGACUCUUUCUCAAAAAUCCAAAAAAGUGUUUGACUGACAACAGAAGAGUUGAAAUUUCCCCCAGGAUGCAAACGUGAAAUUUCGUAGUCAAAAACACAGUUUUCUUUGGAAAAACUGCUUCAGAAAACUCUCAACCAGCCAUACCCUGAUUGCAAGCCCCCUCCUCCUCUCACUUUGGCUUGCUCCUUCUGUGCCUAUCCUUUUGGCAACCAAAUGAUAUGGUACUCUCCUGUUCUGGAGGGGGAUAAAAGCCUUCUCUUCACCAGCCACUGGACAGGAUGGUGCCAGAUGGGAUGGAAGACUACUCAAUAUCCCGCUCCAAGACAACUGCCCCUUUCACAAAUUCCUUCUCUGGCUUCCUCCCAAGUUCCUCAUCCUCCCGUUCCAAUCUCUGCACAGCCCCAUGCUGAAAUCUCCUCCCCUAUUUUGCCUUUAACCUCCCCACAAGCACCCUCCAAGCUUCCCCUGGCCCUGCCAUUCCAUCUUUCCCUCGCUGUUGGCAUUGCGCCUUGUUGUCAUACUGCUGCAUAGCUCAACCCACCCGAUCAAUGCUUUCUCCUCAAAGCCAGUUGUUGUGGGAAGUGUUCAAGCUGUAGCUACCUCACCCCUCUUGGAGUUUACCCUGUAUUGUACCCAUUUGUGCCUUUAGACUGUCAGCUGUUCAGGGCAGGGACUCUUGCUGUCACAUUGGACCCAUAGUACAGUACCAUGCUUAACUAGAGCACUAUAAAUGAUUGGAGACCUCUGGGUGUAUGUAUUUGUUCCACUCGCUAAACUGUGAAGCAGAUGUCACUAGAGGAAAAUCUUUGACUGAUGGGAGCUUUCUCUCCGUAAAGGAGCCUUUAUCUAAGAGGGAGCCUUUCCAGUAAUAUAGCACCACAGUGCUCUAGCAAUCCUAACCCGUCCUUAGGGAGAACCACAGCUCCUAAAGGGCAUCCCGCACAAACGCCGCACCUGUCAUAGAAGUUCCCUUCGGUUAGACUUGGAGCGGUUCUGUUUCAGUGUCUCUAAUGCGGAUGUCGAUGGGAAAGGGGAGCUGAAUGGAGAAUGGAAGAAAAAAAUCCUGGCUAUUACUUUGAAACUCCUCAGGUUUUCAAAACUAUUGAAGAAUUAGGCUUUUGAAAACAUUUUUUUUCUAACCCAGAAAAUGAUCCAUGGAAGAAUGUCCAAUAUCUUGCUAAAAAUUCUCUGAAUCUUUUUAAUGACACAUUUUUGUUGUGUGGAAAAGAUGUUUUUUGACCCAGAAAACCCCACUUUUGUUCAAAAAAGUUUUGAGGUUUUUUGGGGGGCUGGCUGUAAUUGAAACUGUUUUGAAAAUGCACAAGCCCCCUUUGCGUUCUCCUUCAGCCAAAGCUCAAUAUACCCUACAACUUGCAAGUAAAAUAGAAUGUCAGAACUUAAAUUUUAAAAAACAAAUAAAAAGCCUUGCACCUCACUAAGUCUUUUCAGCAACUCCAGAUGUAUUUUACCCAAAUAGCUCCAGCUUUGCAUCCUCAGUUGCCCGGGCAUUGCUGUGCUGGGAAUGCCCGGGUGGGUGCAUGCUGAAUAUCUAUCUCCCUUAGUGUCUUGCUGUUCUAGACUGUUCGCUAGACCUCACAUUUUCUUUCCUGAAACCAUUGCACACACCAGUGAAGAACCACCACUGGGAAAAACUAGCACUAAAGUAAAUGCUUGACUGGAGAAACUUAACAUAUAGACAACUAGGUGAAAAUAGGGAGGUCUGAUUUUAAUAUCCUAUAAAUGGCUUAGUUAAAAGAAAACAUUUCUUUACGGUGGUGGGGAAAGGUGGCUGUUGUUUUUUUUUUUAAUAUUGAUCCUGUUAACAAAAAUGUAAGUUAUAGAUCUGCAGAAUGAUUGCGCCAAAUUUUGUUGAGUAAUUUAGUGUCAAAAUGUAAAUAACUAUUUAAUAUAGUGGAAAUGUUUUAUUGUAAAUUGGAUUUUAAAUAAAGUGUUUAAAUCAUUCAAAGCUGCUCUUUUGAACUGAUAGAAGCACGAUUUUUUUCCAUUUGUGUGUGUAAAACAAGUGUGUACAGUACUUAAGUGAAAUUUCUGAAUGUGAAACACAGCUCUCUGUUUUGUUGCCUUGUGUAAUAUAGAUUGUAAGGCAAUGCACUUUAUAAAUAAAGAUUUAAAAGAAAUCUAUUUUAAUUAUAGUGAGGAAGAAUAGAGGCAGCUGCUGUCUCUUCCUCUCUCCCCCUUCUGUAUGCUUUGAGCUUUUCCUAAUGGGCAAAAAAGAGAAGCUGGAAUACAUGUGUAUUAAUGUGAACCUGACUUCAGAGCUUUAAUGCUAUUACAAAGGAAGUUGGAUGCUGUUUCAUAUUUGUAAUAUGCUGUUGCCUUAUCAAUAAAAUGUAUGGCGUUGUGAAAAGCUCA